CGCAGAGGGAGGCGGGGCGGAGAGGCAAGAGGUGUCUCCUCCACCGGAGCCGCGGGAGACCCGGGCAAGCUCUGUGACAGCGCGUCGGCCGCCAUGUCAGACAGCGGGGCUGGAAACAGACCUGGCGCUCGGCGGUAGCCGUCCUUUCGCCUCCGAUUCGCAGUUGACCAGCAACUUUAAUUUAGCAGUCAGAAUCCGUUGAUCUUUCUCAUCUUACUGAUGGUGUCUGAUGGAUUGGCCAAGAAGAAACUGAGGGCAAGGAAACGUUGAGCACACAGAUACUAGAAGCCAUGGAAGGACUUUAAUGAAACUUUCAACGGUUUGACAAAGGAUGCUCUAAUGGAUGACAGUGAUACUCCUGCACAGAAUCUGCGCAUUGAACCACACGAUGGGUGUCACCCUGCCGACACUGUGGAAAGGAGUGUGACACACCUGCCUUCUGCCUCAGACGAAAAUGAAAAUCAGCUUGAUGGGGAUGGGAAUGAACAUCUGACCGGCAGUGACAACGCAAUGGGAAGACCCGAAGUGUUUGAGCAGGACAGUCUGAACAACAAUGAAAGCUGCACGUUGAGCUGUGAGGCAGCAGCAGGUGAGAACUGGGAAAACCCUGCUUGUGAAGACCCCAAAGAUGGGCAGACUUUCUUGGGAAUGGACAAAAAAAUACCUGGAAAAAGACGUGCAAAGAGCCAAAAAGGCACUGCCAAGAAGAUACCACCAGCACUCUCCUCAGGAGAUACUGCACUUUUAAUUCAAGAAAAAAUACCAAGUGCAGCCACACGUGGUGCUGGUGAUGAAGACGCUGCUGAAGUGAGUGCUAAUGAUCAACCAGAUGCUCCAAAGCUAGUUCUGCAGUCUCUGUUUUCACUCAUACGAGGGGAAGUUGAGCAGUUGGAUUCGAGAGCACUUCCGCUUUGCCUUCAUCAGAUUGCAGAGUCCUAUUACCACGAAGAGGACUAUGAGAAAGCAAUGAAAUUCAUUCAGCUUGAACGAUUGUAUCAUGAGCAAUUGCUCGCAAAUCUUUCUGCCAUUCAGGAACAGUGGGAAACAAAAUGGAAAACUGUGAAACCACAUACAGUUACGUCUCUAAGGAAUUCAGAAAAAGGAUUCAAUGGUGAAGAUUUUGACCGACUUACCAAAAUUUGCACAACACAUCAAGAUCCUGUUUUAUCCAAGCACGAGAUAGCAGCUGUAGAAAAGUGCCCAGGAAGGAAAUGCUGUACUCAGUUAAUUGUGUCUGAAGAGCCGAAGGAAAGAGGAGCUGCAGCCAAAGAAUCAGAGAGUGAAUCUUGUCUUGGCACAGAACCAAGCAGAGAAAGCCAACAUAAAGAAGAGCCCCUAGGGAACAGUCCCUCCUGUGAUCAGAUGGACGGGCAGGCAGCUUCCCCAAGCCCUGUGGUCGCUGCAGGGAAGGACCACACGGCGGAGCCGCUCUGCAGCACUGAGGCCACCCCGGAGCUCCACGCCCAGUCCUCAGAGACAGCGGAUGGGAGGAGGUCUGGGCCAGACUCUGCCGAGAAUGCUUGUGAUGAUGACAGCCACCUGCAGCCGGCUCAAACAGAGACGUGCCAGAAUUUAGCCAAAAUAGAGGGCAUUGCCGGGGACCCUAAGGUAUUGCCUUCCAGUGGGUCAGUGACAGAACCAUUGAUUUUACCAGGCUGUGAUCACAUACUUCCCACGUCGAUUUCUGAAGGUAAAAAUUCACAGGCUCAAAGAAAAGAACUCCACUUGCCACUUCAGGAUGCUUCUGAGGCGUUGCCCACAGACCAACUUGAGAACAGUGAAUUAAAUGAGCUGCGGCAGCCUGAUCUUACAGAGAGUGAUGGAAAAUCACUACGGGGGCAGGCUGACUCAGAGGCUGCUGAGAAUGUACUUUGUGAAAAUAAUAAAAUAUCUGACUUAAGUACACGGCUUCCAGAGGUGUAUAUGGCCCCAGAAGAAAAGGGAGAUAAGGACGAACAACUCAAUAAAGAGACAGAAGACUACUUGAACAGCCUAUUAGAAGGAUGCUUAAAAGAUACUGAAGAUUCUCUCUUGUAUGAAGAGGAAGACUCUGAUCUCCUUCAAGAUCUUUCUCCCGAAGAAGCAUCCUACAGUCUACAGGAGAAUCUGCCUUCUGAUGACAGUUGUCUUUCUCUGGAUGAUCUUGCCAAAAGGAUAGAGAUUGCAGAGGUUGUUCCUGCUGAAGGAUUAGUGUCUAUAUUAAAGAAGAGGAACGAUACUGUAGGAGAUCAUCCUGCCCAAAUGCAACAGAAACCAUCUAAGCGAAGAGUGCGAUUCCAAGAAAUAGACGAUACCUUGGAUCAAGAUGAAGUUGGAGGUGGCUCCUGUAUUUUACUGAUCUUGCUGUGCAUAGCAACGGUUUUGCUUAGUGUUGGAGGAACUGCGCUAUACUGCACUUUCGGUGACAUGGAGUCACCAGUUUGUACAGACUUUGCAGACAACAUGGAUUUCUAUUACACUAAGUUACUGCAGGGAAUGGCAGAACUAAAACACUGGAUCUACCUCUCCUAGCAGCAUUCGACAAAGGCAGGCAUCCUGGCAGUGAGAAUGAAAGAUGUGAAACUUUAUUUCUAGAGUUCUGUUAUAUUUCCCCCUUCCCCCAGUAGUGAACCAAGGACAUAAGCAACAGCAGCUUUAAAUGGCAAGCCAGAAGAACUCUGUUAGAAUAGUCCACGUAAUGAGGCAGAUGCUGAUCUCAAGUAGUUGGAACAAAUGAUCUUUGGAGAGCGUAUCUGCCUGAGCACUGAGCAGAAUGAAACAGGGUAGUGUUGGAACCACACUAGUUUUACCUACCCUGUCAAGCCAGUGGUUAAAGGACACUUCUGGUUUCUAUUUGUUGGUCCACAGACAUUGCUUCCAGCUACCAUGCAAUAAGUUUGUAUAUAAUCAAAAGGAGUUCCUUACAGGGUUUCAAUGUCAUUUUUUAGUUAACUUUGGAAGUUGUAUAAUUUACACUUUGUGCAUUCUUUCCAGAUUCUUUCUCCAUUUAUGGAAUGGUGUGUACGGGUGUGCAUAUGUGUGUUUUAGACAGAAUGAUAAGCAAAUACCCAAGAUAAAGCAACAAAGAUUAUUUUUAUUCUUUUAACUUGACUAUGAUGUGCAGGCACAAAUCUUUGAAGAAGGUUUAACUGUGGGAUAAAUGAAUUAUAGAAAUCUCGAUUCUGAAAUGAGAAACUGUAACUGAUCUGUGGCAAUUAACUUGAUUAACUAGCAAAAUAUUAAUCACAGGCCUGGAGGCAAAAUGAAAGAGCUCCCCCUGAGUCUUAAGCAACAGUUUUAUCAUGGAUUCAAUGCUUCCUGAAAUGAUGAAUGUUGGACUCAACUCAGCCUUUAUUGAGCACCUAUUAUGUUCUGAGAAUCUUAAGAACCAAAAUAGAAGCAUAAAUAGAUACAUAGAUCUACUGUAGAUAUUUUGAUUUGGUCUUACAUGAAAUGAACCAAUACUUUGGCAAAUGAAAUCAUCGUAUAUAAUUCAGUAUUACAGAUCAUGCAUUCAGAUGUUUGAACGUGCAUUCAUAUCGUGGGGUUGAUUUAGACCCUAUCGUGGGUUCAUUAAGCAAAAAUUCAAUCAUACCUUCAAUAAGCAGAUGUCUAGUUUUUGUUUAAAUCUGUCAGUUAGGUGGUCUUCCCUUACCUAAAGUACAGUGGUCUAAAAUUUAGGAAGCCUUGCUUUGACUUUUUAUCGGGUAGCAUUUUCAAAGAGCAAACAUGAAUUACAGUUUUUUAGCAAGUGAUCAUUAUUUCCUGUUUUUCUGUUAGCCUCAUUUGAAAGAAAAAGGGAGCAAUUACUCUCUACUUGUUACUGGCUGGUACAGUACCUCCCUUGGUGUUUCAGCUUAUUUAUUUAGAUACGAAUUUUAAAGGGCUUUUUAUAUCAGUUGAAAGUGUGUUGCUGAGCAUGCAUCUGGUCACCCCAGUGCUAGGGUUUAAUGAUCGUGUCCUUAGUGUCUUUGUUUUGUAUUUUUCAGUUCAGUGUGUUUUUAGACUUAUUUUUAAAUUGAUGUUUUAUUUUUCACAUAUAAUACUGUUUGAUUGUCUCUAUCAUGUCACCAUAAAGUGUAAUAUUUUCCCAGGGUUAUAGAUCAAAGAUAUUUAUUUAGAAUUGUACAAGAUAUUGAAAUUUAGAUUCCUUAUACUUAAGGCUGAUUUUAUUAGAAGAUUAUUUUAAUGUUAUAAAUUUUAAGAAUUUGUAUUCAAAUUGUAUGUAACAUAUGUAAGAUGUUGAUGGUACUCUCUUAAGUGGUUCUAUAAAAGCUGUUCACAAAGUCUACUGUGAGGGUCACCUCGUGACAGACAAACCUCUUCUUUCUUAUCCUCAAUUUCUAGUCACAGGAGUUUGGUGAUGCUUAUUUCUGCCUAUUUUAUGUCAAAAUAACUUAAAAAUUUCCCUCCUGUUCACCUCUUCUAGGUCACUAUCAGUGUCCUAUAUGAUCUCUGGCAUAGUAUUUGCCUACAGGCAACCCAGGCCACCUCUUCUGAAACCCUAGACUUCCUGGGAACCUUCGCACUGAGAUGAAAGAGUCAAAACAACAUCUUACUAAGCAGGGGCCCAGCUGUGUCGCAGAGAGGCCCUGGGUGUCCCCACUAUUUCCAGAGAGGGUGAGGUGAGCUCAGAAGCAUACUGAUAGCUUGACUUAAAAUAGGCAUGAAAUCUCAACUAGAAAAAUUAGGACAACUUUAAAAGAUGUAAUAGUCAUUUAUUGCAUGAACUGGAGUAAUUCCACGUGGUGGUGAAAGGACCAUUCUCUCUCACAUAAAAAAUUCAUCCAGUUUUGCUAAAAUGUAAUUUCUUCCAUCACUUGAAAGUAUUGACAACUAUUUGUAACUAAUCUUCCUUAAGAACUGUAUUUGAGGAUAUAAAAUCGAGCUUGCAAUUUAAAAUCUAUACCAACA